AUGGCUUCCGCGCCAUCGUCUGCUGAUACUGGUGCCAUUGGCCCAUCGGCGCCCCGUCUGAUCGAUGGUUUCACUGUGGAGGAGUGGCUGCAAUGGAUCAGCGAACAAGGGAUCCUGGACGAUGUGCUGCCACCCGCAGACGAGAGCGAGACAGGCUCGGCAGCGAUACCGCAAGGCUUGAUCGCGGAGCAGUCUCAGCUUCUGGCGAGCAUGGCCAAGCGUCUGGAUCAGCAGGAGGUCGAGUAUGACAAAACCUUCUCGAAGAAGGAGAUGGCGGCCGAGGCAAUCCAUCGCCAAAAGCUGCACAAGAUGAUGGUCCAGAAAGACAAGGAGAUCCAGCAGUUGAAAGAGGAGCAUCGGCGGCAGCUCCAGGAGACUGGCGUGGACGACCUGAGGCGGCAGGUCCGCAGACUCGAGAAAGAUAAUGCCUCGCUGCGGAAGGAGAAUGAGCGGCUGGAGGCAUCGCUCAGCAAGUCUUCGACAUUGGAGUCUGAGCUGAAGCACGAGCGUGAACGAGCUGACAAAGCAGAGGCGAACAGGGAGUCCGAUAGGCUGGCGCACUUCAACUUGCGGAACACUUUGCACGGCAGGAUCGAGAGCCUUCUUAAGAACUUGAAGGAGGUCGCGCUGUGGAAAGCAGAGCAAUGGCAGCGUGACGUGGACCGGCAAGAGCGGCAGCUCGAUGAGGCCAAACUUCUGAGCACGACUUCUUUGCCAGCGGCCCAGAGUCCGAUGUUCAGAGGCCAGAGCGGUCGCCUACAGCUGGAGGACUUGAAGCGACACGGGAAUGUGUCCAAGGCAUCAUACACCUGCGGCCUGCACCGCGAGGCCUUGCAGUGGUGGCUCGGCCGAAAUCUGCCAGAACAGCCUCUUGACGCUGCCCCCGAUGCCGACAUCACUGCUCCUGUCACAGCAGCUCAAUGCCUUACCAGCCUGGAAGUUCUGUGGUCGCCCCUGGGUUCGCAAUCGCUGGAGUAUGCCAGGAAGUGCAAAGCCUUGAACAGGACCGAUCCAAACAAUGUUCCUGCCGCCCGGAGCGACAAGGGCAGUCACUUCAAAAUCAUUGGGGCCUACGCUUCGGUGCUUUUUGCCCAAAACCGCAAAUUCUUCAAACAACAGAUUCUUUCCAUUGGUAUCUCACAGGACGUCCGUGGAUCGGUGGAGUUCAUCCGGGCCCGAGCUGUGGCCAAGAGCAUGGAUGUUUGCAACUUCGUCCUGGAUGUUCAUGAUAUCGAUGGCAGCAAAGCUUCGCUGGACAAGGCGAGACAAAUUUGGGAGUCUGUCGAAAGCUUCGCAAAAGGGGAUGAGAAGAUUCUUUCGGAUUUCCGCAAAUCUGUCAAGGACCGACAGGUUUGCAAGCGUCCGUUGACGUGCCGCAUGGAUAGUGAGAUGGGCCAUUUACAAGGCCUGCGUUGCGUUUUGAGAUGUGCUCUGCACAAGGGGCAGCGCUCCUUGGAGAGUGCCAUAGCAGCAGACGAGCGGUGCAACAUGCUUAUAGACGGGUUGAUCACAGCCUAUUCAACUUCAUCCACUGAUCAUGGUUCCCUUGCUCGUGGGUUGAGAAACACAAAGCUGAAGAGCAUGUUUGCAGAGCAUUGCCAGAAAGAUAUAGAUGCCCUAGACGGCCACCUGACGAAGCUCACUGGCUUCCGCUUUGCGGCACAACGCUUUGACUCUAUAUUGGAGGUUGCCAGACUGAUUGUGUUGCACAUCCGUCCAAUCGUGCAUUCUUUGGUGCAUCUCAAGCUGUCGGACGCCAAAUAUGAGAAAUGGGGCUCGAAAAUGUUAUCCUUCUUUACUGCCCCGAACCUACUUCUGCUCAGUCUCAUUGCGGAACUCGCAGCGAGCUGCAGUCACUACCACCACCGCUUCGAUAACAAGGGGGCCAAGGCCACCAUUAUUUGUAAAAUGGGGUAUUGGUACGGAACCUUGAAAGCAGAACUUGACCGGCUGUUCACCUUCAAUGACGGGUCUCCUCCCCUGGUUUUGUCUCCGGAUUUCACAGCGGGCUUCGUGCAGACAAUGCGCACUUCCUACGAUCUUCUUGUGACGGAAACAAUUAUUGCAGGUGGCAAGCUACAAUUUUACAGAAAAGGCCUCGAAAGCGAGGCAUCUCUUCGAAAGCAGGUGGCGGCUGAGUUAGGGAGCAUACAGAACGUCAUGCGUCUCUACUUACAGUCGGUGGACCCCGGGGACCAUGCCAUUGCAUCAAGCUUACGACCUUUUGAUCUUGAGUACUGGCAGCAGCAUUUCUCGGACGAGACAUUGUCGUCAACCUUCGAGCCGCUGGCACAAAUCAUCGGCCAUCCAGCGAGGGCUGCAGACCUGGCUUCCCAAUACCUCGCGUGUCGGCCCACGGCUUUGCAACUUCAGAGGCAGGGUGUCUCCGACACUGCCUGGCUGGAAGCGGCCAAGCACUGGGGAGAUCGUUUGGUUGUCUUGCGGGAUGCCGUGUCCUUCAUGAGCUCCGUUUUUGCUUCGACAGCAGAAAUAGAACAGCAGUUCAGCUUGCUGCAGAUGCUGGCUUCUGGUCGCAAGUCUCACACGACGUUGGUUCAUUUGCGAGAUGCGAUGAAGGAAUGCGACCGGAGCACUUCGUCCAAUGCCACCGUGCAAAGCAUACUGAAAGCUGCCGGUAUGUCCCGAGUGAGGCAGCUGGAGCCGAAGGCUGUGAAAGGUGUUACCUUGGCCGGCCAGAAACGCAAGAGGCAAGAUCAGCUGAACAAUCUCGUUCCCGCCCAGGAUGCCGAAGAUGCAGCUGAGCUUGAAGCCGUCACUCAGGAGGCUGCUUUGUCCCGCCGCGGCAAGGAUUACGAGAAGUUGUGCAAGACAUUGCAGGAGAACUCCAAGAGGCAGAAGAAGCGCUUUGCAGAGGAUGCUCUUCCGCAGGGCAGCUGCCGCCCAGACGUCCGCAAGUUGCAUCAGCACGAGAAGAAACAGAAAGACUUGUUGGAGAAUGUUCGCCGCUUGGAUCGUCGUGAGCUCCAUUGCGUUUCUUUGGCCCAGCCUGAACUCUUGAAGUGCAACACCGUUGCAGUGGCGCUUACAGCAGAUGAUGAGAGAGAUUUGAUGGGGUUGGGUUUGAAGACGGUGCUGUGGCAGAACACCACCCAGCAGUUCGAAAGUCUUAUGCAAGUGAGAAACCUGGUUUGGUUCUGCAGGGAUCCAGAUGUGGAGAUGCAGUGUUUUUUGGCAUCUGGAGCAGGUGCCGUCUCUGGAUUUGUCAUGACGACACGUCUUUUGGGGGGAUUCCUUGGAACGGCUGAGUGGUUCAAGGUGUGCCAAGCCCACUCGCGUAUCGUUCAGCCACCGGCUCGUGUCAAGCCUGCUCUGUGGGAGCGUACUGAAGUAUGUUUCCAUAAAUCGCUGGAAGCAGACCCGUCGCUGCCGGAUGCAGCGAUUGCCAUUGGAAAGGCCGUAGAAGCAAGUGUGAAAGUUCGGAAUCCUUCAUUGUGGCAGCUUCGUAGCGAUUGGAAGCAGGUUACUGGCAAAGAGGCUUUCAUACUGAUCUCAGCGUCUGUGAGCGAUUGUGAAAGUAAGCUUGAGAAGCUCAAGCAAAAGGCCGUGCAGGAAAUUCUACGCUCGCUGUACAGGAGCAAAAACUGGCAUUUUGCCAUUUGCAUGAUGGACGCCUUUGACGACCUAUUGACUGCGGGCACAAGCGCUGCUGACAUGAGCAGCAAGCCUAAGAAGGCUUGCACUGACGUGGAUCCCAAGGUGACGGUGUCACCAGGAGACGGGCCUCUGGUGGCUUUGGCAAAAGUGUUGAUGGAGACACUUGAGAAAGACAUCGCCAACGAGAUCAUUUCCCCGAUGAUGCCGGAGUUUGAAUACUGGGAUGCGCAGGCUUACCUCCCCGAGUCCAAAGGCGGUAUCCUGCCGCUCUCUGCGGAGCUGUAUCAGGAGAAGAUCCGCGAGGAUAAGGAGCUGACGUGCAUGGUGACCUUGCGAGAAGUGGGCCUCGCACCCGGGUGUAAUCAGGCAAUAGAGCACUUGGACAUGGUGCCUAUGUUCGGCUCCAUCGUGAAGUUCCAUGACCGAUUCCUGGACCAGGGGCCGGAGACUUUGCGCAAGUUCACUACACUUAUCAGUGUGCGUAGUGAAAGCCUGCCGUUUCCGAAUGAGUAUGAGAUCCUCAACGGCAGCAUUUGGCGGUUCGCUUUCCUGUACGGCUAUGCACGCAGCUUGGAGCAGCAUGAUCUCCGGGACCGUUUUCGUAAAGCUGCUCGUUCCUUCCCUGUGACGUUUCAGUGGGCGACGGACAGCAGCCUCAUCCGCCAGCGAGUGCAAGAAGACCAAAACUUGAAGAGCAAGCGCGAGCUUGCAGGGCUCCCCAUCCAUCGAUUGAGCAAGGUCGUUGUGCAUGUCCAGAAGGAGCUCAAGGAUGGGGGCAAGGGCUUCAAAGCCGAGGACGUGUACAAGUACUUGAACGAAGUCAAGUGGUCUGCGGCCGAUGGCAAGGAAUUCUCCAAAACGGGUGUGGCGAGUGCUAUCAAGAUCCAAGGUAGGUUGACACAGAGGGCCGUGCGAUUGCUUGAUUGCAUGGAAGCCUACCUGGGAAGCGGGAAGCACCCGUUCGGUUCUCUGAGCGCCCUGGACGUUGUCUGCCAGAAGACAAAUGUUCGUGACGGCGAGCUUUCGGGGAAGCUCUUGGAGUUCUGCCUGGAAGCGAUCUUCGUGCGGCUGCUACGUGGCAACACGAAAAGCCAGGAUGGCGGCCGGGAGUUGGUGCGAACGCAGUGCGUGAUUUUCCUCGGCAUCCGCAGGAUUUUGUACUUCUUGCGCGAGAAGAUGGGGUUUCAGUGCUGGCUUUCUUUCCUGGGCUUCCAUGAGUCGCAGCCAAAAGGCAUCUUGCUGACCCAAUCCAGGGACAUCCUUUCUGAAGAGGGAUUGCCAGCUGCGAUGGUCGGCUCGGAGAGGCUGUGCCGCGAAUCGCUGGCAAUGUUGAUUGACGGAGUCGCGGACCAAUCCUUGGAGGAGGCGCUCCAGGGCAAUCCCAACAUGAAUGGAGAGGACCUGUUGUCCACGGCGGCGCUAGAGAGCUGUUUCAUGUGGAAGAGAAUCAAGGAGCUCCGCGCCGGAGAAGAGCGUGAGCGCUUGGUGGCAGAAGCAAGUGCCGCGGCACCUGCUGCCCCUGUGGACCCGGCACCGCCGGCACCCGUCCCCGCCCAGGUGGAUGUCCAGAGUGGAGCCCGCAGCUCCACUGCAGAGGAGGUGCCAGUCGCGGACGAGGAGGCAGCGGAGGUCCCGAAGGCAUCCUGGAAAAAGUAUUUCCCGGAUCUCAUCCUUCCGGAGUCCAUGGCAGAGACACUGUCGGGGAAGGACGAGGCGGUGCUUGCGAGGCUCCACCAGUUCGCCUGUGCACGCUUUCUGGCAGCAGGCGUGCAGAGCACCGUGACCUUUGCCGAGACGCCGAAAACAGACCUCCAGCACUUCUUGCAGCAACACCCGCUUUUGUCGUCCCGCACUUCAGAUGACCGAAUUGUCUAUGUGUAUGACUGCAAAGCCCACAAUGACAAGUUUUCCGAGCGAUACCGCACACGGCCGUUUUUCUUGCUCCCGCCGCUAGACGAAAAUCACUUGGCCUCAUGCUUGGGUGCCACUGCUCCAAAGGACAGGGACAUGUUCAUUAUCCUCGAUGGUCGCCGCCUAGAGGCGGCGAGCAAGUUCAGGAAAAUCGUGAACAAGAGUGGCACUGGCAACUGGAAGGGGGCGCCAAGCUUCUUGUUCAGACUCGUGUACGACAACCAAGAAUUUAGUACCGGAGGCUAUGCGUCCACAAGGACAAGGACUUCCGUGGGCGCUCUGCCAGAACCCAUCGAAACGGUGACGGUGCUUCAUCCCAAGACGUGUGAAUUGGAGAACCGGGAAAGACGAUUCCUAAAUCUACCGGGAAGCUCUUUCACCCGGGCCUUGACCGGUAUCCGGCUCCUGAGCUCCGAAGAUCAUAGCCUCCGCAUACCGUGCUCAGUUAUGACAGAGGUGCAGAAGGACCAAGUCGUGCAGGGCGACGCCAGUGCUGGGGGCCAAGGUGCAGCAGGUCCUGACCCAGAUUCUGGGUCGGGUGCAGACGGCCUCGUGUUCUAUCCAUGGACAAGCGAGGAAGGCGUAUUCUUGGAAUUCUUGAAUUUCUGGGCGCAUGAGAAGGCCGUUGUUGUCAGCUUCACGGCUGGAUGUGGCCAGCUGGAGUUGGCAUGUGUGCGUCAGGGAACACAGUGCCUCACACUGACAUUGAAUGCGAAGCAUCGGGAGGUGAUUCUGCAACGACUGGUCUUGCUGGUCAUGCUGCACACGUUGCGAGGGUCGACGGACUUUGUCGGCAAUCGACGAGUCUUGGAGGAGAGACCUUCAGGGGGGUCGCAGGACAUGGCUGUGGAUGCAGCUGCGGCCCCAGCUGCGCCUCCAGCAGCUCCCGUGGCAGGGCAGAGCCAGACCCAGGCUGGUGCAGAGUCUGAUGGGAGCGGUUCCGGAGAUGACAGUGACUCUGCGUAA